ACUGCUUUUCACUACUUAUCAUCAAUAAACAAUGGGAUAGGUAAAAGGAUACAAUCAAAACUCAAGCUUGGGAAGGAUGGAAACUGCCAUUGUGGUUUUGAAAUACUCUGUUUUUCUAAAUUAAAAACUCAAGACGGCCAAAAAAAAAAAAAGAGAGAGAGAGAGAAAAGAAAAGAAAAGGAAUUGUCUUUGGAGUGAGUCAGUCUUUGAUCAGAUUGUGGAUAUCGAUUUUGAUCUUGAAAUCCUAGAGACAGAGAUAGAUCCGAUGUUGGUUUCUUCUGAUUGAUUCGAUUAGCUGAAUGGGUAUCGUGCUGAAAACCAUUUGUAGGUCGUCCCUUUCUCGAUUAUCCCUUCACCGUCAUCAUCUUCUACAGUCACCACUCCGGCAAUCUUCCUCGGAAAACCCUAGUUUCGAUCUCCCCAGAAGGUGGCAUUUUGGGCACUCUCACCCCCCUGAAUCUGAUCACCAACAUCAAAGGUCUAAAGAAGAAGGGGAGAAGAUUUUCCGGCUUGGUCUCACCGCAGAUAUCGGUUUAUCUGUCGGAAAAGCUCUCACCGGUUAUCUCUGCGGCAGCACAGCGAUUAUCGCGGACGCUGCUCAUUCCGUUUCCGAUGUGGUUCUAAGUGGUGUUGCUCUCUUCUCUUACAGAGCUGCAAAUGUUCCUAAGGACAAAGAACAUCCCUAUGGUCACGGUAAAUUUGAAACUCUCGGAGCCCUCGGAAUCUCUGGCAUGCUUUUGGCAACUGGCUGUGGUAUUGCGUGGCAUGCUUUCCACCUUUUACUUAGUGCACUGUCCGCAGCUCCUGAGGUGGUUCAGCAGAUUCAUGGUGGACAUCAUCACGGAAUUGAUAUGAGUCAUCCCAUUCUCGCUUUGAGUGUGACUAUUGCUUCCAUUUCUAUCAAGGAAGGGCUUUACUGGAUCACAAAACGAGCAGGAGAAAAACGAGGGAGUGGAUUGAUGAUGGCAAAUGCAUGGCAUCACCGAUCAGAUGCAAUUUCUUCUGUAGUUGCACUGGUUGGAGUUGGAGGUUCUAUUCUCGGAGUUCACUUUUUAGAUCCCCUAGCCGGUCUUGUUGUCUCGGCAAUGAUUUUCAAAGCUGGACUGGAAACGGGACACCAAAGUGUCUUGGAACUGGUGGAUGCUGCUAUACCAGCUCAGCAAUUAGAGCCAGUAAGGCAAACCAUAUUACAGGUUGAAGGAGUCAAGGGAUGUCAUCGGCUAAGGGGUAGGAGAGCUGGCUCAUCGUUGUAUCUUGAUGUACACAUUGUGGUAGAUCCCUUUUCCAGUGUGAGUGUUGCACAUGAGGUAGGAGAAUAUGUACGGAGACAGAUCAAUGAGAACCAUCCUGAAGUCUCUGAAGUUUUCAUUCAUAUAGAUCCAGCCUUUUUACAUUUUUCAUGUAGCAUGAUGGAUCACGAUAAUACAAAUAUGGAAAGUAAUCAAGAAAGUAACAUCUGCGUAGAGAUUAAACAUGUCGAAGCCACUGUCUCAGACAUUUUUUCGUCACAGUUUUCUGAGAAAAUGACGAUCAAACGAGUUACACCCCACUUGUCGCACAGCAAGAUCUUGCUCCAAAUCGAAGUCGCAAUGCCAUCGACCAUGACAAUUCAGGACGCCAUGAGAGCUGCUGAAGAUGCAGAGAAGGAGAUUCUGAAGGCAGCUCCUAAUGUGGCUCGUGUCAGCAUUCAGCUUAGUCUUAAGAACUCCUUGCCUCAGUAAUUAGCUCUGGUGUUUGAAAGAAAUGACAAGUGAAAACUGCUCAGCAAUAGCUGCAACAAGUACAGCUUUGAAAAAAAUACACAAUGAACCAAUUCUGUUUUACAACUAUAUCGUAGUUCAAAUACUUGUUGUGAACAUAGUUGAACUUGAACCUGAGCCAAUACUUGAACUUGUACGUAUUCAAAUUCAACGUU